AUGGUUCACGCACCUACUUCACCCAAGGACGCCCAGUCAAGUUUUGACUUCAUUGUCGUCGGAGGAGGCACUGCUGGAUGUACUAUAGCAGGUCGGUUGGCUGAGAAUCCCGAUGUAAAGGUACUCGUCAUCGAAGCCGGUCCGCACAACAGCAACGAUAUUGAGAUGAUUUCGACACCUGGUCGGGCAUUUGAGCUUCGCGGUAGCCAAUACGACUGGAGCUAUAAAGCUACCAUGAUUGACCGCCCCGAAUAUACUCGCGUCGAAAAGCCUGACACAAGGGGAAAGAUGCUAGGCGGUAGCAGCUGUGGUAACUACUUCACGUGGGUGAGAGGUAGCAAAGCUACAAUCGAUGAUUGGGUUGAGUAUGGCGGCGAGACAUGGAGCUGGGACAAUUGUCGCGAAUAUUUUGAAAAGUGCUCCACAUACCAUGAUGAUGAAAUGCUAUACCCGGAAAUCAAAGGCUUGGGCCGCGACGGUCCUAUUCAUAUUGCCCACGCACCCCUCAUUCCUGAGCUAAAACCUUUCCGCGAUGCCUUGGAGGAGGCAUGGGUCAGUAAAGGCCAGGACCUAACCAGCGAUGUCUACAACGGACAUCAAAGUGGGCUGUUCAAGUGCGUAAGCACUGUAUACAAGGGAGUUCGAUCAAACGCAUCGGUCAGCGUUGAUGGUAAACCUAAUGUUACGAUCAUGCCUCUGACAUACUCGAAAGUCAUUGAAUUUGACGGUAAGAAGGCCGUGGGAGUCACUGUUACCCACGGCGGUCGCGAUUAUACCUUCCACGCCAGGCGCGAAGUUAUCGUGUCACUUGGUGUAUACGAGAGCCCCAAGUUACUCCUCCUCUCCGGUAUUGGACCAGAAGAUCAACUGAAACAGCACAACAUUGGCGUACGGGUUAAAUCCAACCAUGUCGGGGAGAAUCUGCUCGACCAUCCCAUCCUGGCUCAUUGUUUCCGUCUGAAAGAUGGAUAUGGACUCGAUGGCCAUUUGCUACGCCCAGGCCUGCAGAAAGAUGCCACGAUCCAGGCAUAUAGACGAGCCAAGGAAGGCCCACUGAGUAGCGGUCUCUUAGAACUCGUGGCGUUUCCGCGGUGCGACGACCAGUUCAAAACAUCGAAAGAGUACACACAAUAUUUGAAGGAACAUAAUGAUGUUGAUCCCUUUGGUCCAGAUGGACAGCCUCACUUUGAGAUUGACUUCGUUCCCAUGUUUUCUGGCCCAUUCCAGUGGCAUUUCCCUUCCCCUCCCGAAGGAGACUGGUUAACUGUCAUUGUCGAUCUUAUGCGGCCGCUUUCGCGUGAUGGAUAUGUCAGACUUCAAUCGAGCAAUCAUCUAGACCAGCCAGAAAUAAAUCGACGGUUUUUCUCGGACCCGCUUGAUAUUGUCGCAUUACGCGAAGGUAUUCGGUGGGUAGACGAUAUUCUGAAGACAGGAAGCGGGAUGAAGGACAUCAUUGGCGAGGACUACCCAUGGGCCAUGCCUCGUAACUCGGACGAAGCCAUGAAUCAGAUGAUUUUGGAACGAUCUCAGACCGGAUUCCAUCCCUGUGGAACCUGCAGAUUAUCUAAGACUAUUGAGCAGGGUGUUGUUGACAGUAAUCUCAAGGUACAUGGUACCCAAAAUUUACGUGUCAUUGAUGCUGCUAUCUUUCCUGUAAUUCCAGAUUGCCGCAUUCAGAACGAUGUUUACAUGGUAGCAGAGAAGGGAGCAGAUUUAAUCAAGGCGCAAUAUCCAGAACUAUAUAGUGUUUAA